CUUGCUCAGAUUCUGGCGUUACGUUGGCUGCCUAGUCAUGUCUACUGAUUCCGCAAACAUCGGUUGGCGUCUACAGCUGUUCACUGGAUUUUUCACGCCAUUACAAGUCAUCGCAGUAGGCCUGCGCUUUUACGCCCGCUGGCUGGUUGUGGGGCAGAGCCAUCCGCUCGAAGAUGCACUUGUCGUAGUCGCUUUAGUAUCGCAGCUCAUACUGGGUGCUGUGGGUCUAGCUUCAGUCACCUUUGCAGGCGUCGGGCAGCAUCUUGCCUACCUUGAAGAGCAUGAGCCUGAGAAAGUACUCAACUGGGGGAGGUACCUCCUUACUCUCGCGACACUGUACUUCGUCGAUGUCAACAUUCCCAAACUAGCUGUCCUGGCGCUUUACAGGCGAUUGUUCCCACAAAGAACAGCACGAAUUACGGUCUACAUUAUAGCUGGGAUUCUUAUCGCUGGAUCGAUCGCAAAUACGAUCGUCUCUUUGGCCGCCUGCAAACCUUUCGCGGCGAAUUUCAACCCCGCGCUACCAGGUGCGAAGUGCAUCGAUAAAGAAGCGUUCUACGUCUGGACGAGUGUGCCAAAUAUCGCGACAGACGUGGUCAUGCUCGCGCUUCCAUUGCCCAUUGUCUGGAGCCUACACAACACGAAACGCAUAAAGGUUGCUUUGACAUUCACAUUCUUAGUUGGCAGUCUCGGACUCGUUGCCUCAAUAUUACGCUUUCACACAUUCUUCGUCACGAACUCAUUCACGGACGGAACUUACGAUGCGGUCGAACUCAUUAUCUGGACGGUCGCCGAGCCCGGGAUUUACCUAAUAUCGGCAUGUCUCCUUACUUAUAGACCACUUCUCGAACGCGUCGGUAAAUCCAGACUUUUCGGAAGCUUCAGAACAAGCGUGAAGAGCUCUAAUCCAUCCGGCUACGGUCCCGGAAAGCGAGACGGGCCAAUUGAUGGAGGUGGCGUCCCACUCCGAAACGUUAAGAGAAUGGGCAAUGGCUUCACGGAAAUAGACGAUGACGAUUCAAGUGGCAAUGUGCACAUAUUGAGGGCGAGUUCAGAGAGGAACAUUCCAGGCUCGCCAGUGUCAGGACCAGGUGGGAUUACUGUGACGACCGAGAUUCAAAAUUCGUGGGCCGCAAAGUGACUCAGCGCAACAUAGGAUAGACAAUAGACGCCUCUUGGCCGGUAAUUUGCAUGCGAGACCCCUU